AUGUGCACGUUUGAUGUCUUAAUCAGGUCAUUUGGAGCUAAUUGGAACAUUGCCUAUCACUGGAGACUAGUUGAGGAAGGAAAGACUCUGUCUGCCCCAUGUACGGACCCGCACUCGGUCGAGCUAGUGAGAUGCGUCCGAAGUAUCGUAUCAAAUGAAGGGUUUCCACUACGAUUCAGUCUGACUUCUUCUUGGAAGUUGUGGAUAAUUGAGUUAGCUUUCGUCUGGAGGUGGUUUCAUGUCAUUCGGACCAGCGGUUCAGAAGAUACGACGAUAUUGGUUGGACUCGACCCACCAGCUCGACCGGCCAGUUUCCAACUCGAUCGAGCUGCUUUCCAGGAGUCAAAGUCAAACCCGAAAAAUGUUGCUUCCCUUUGA